AUGCGGGUACACGUCUGCCUUGGUCAGUAUCUGCGCUGGAAUUGGGAGAGGUUCGGGACAUACGUCUUUGAUGACUUCUGGACUGGUGGUGGGUUUGAAUUGGAACUGGACGAUAUGGACGAUGGCCAUUUUGGUUCGGUGUACCGUCUUAGGUUGCUUGGCUGUGAUAUCAGCACGGAAAAGUGGUCGAAUGCAGAUAAUUGCGUCUGGAGGAUGACGAAAGUGGGAUAUGGUCAAAGAUUCGACAACCAUGAAGCUUCUGGAUCCAAGUUCACAUUCGGAAGAGACAACACAGACGAGUUUUUUGGGGUCGGCACCGUGGCAUUCUAUCACUCAUAUGAACUCCGGUGCGACAAGAGAAACAAUGAUAUUGAAGUGUUGAAAGAUAGAGGAGACGCGAAGUCACUUGAUACUAUCUUCAGAUGUUCCAAUGGCUAA